AUGUCCUCAAUAAAAUACCAUUUUCCCAGUGUUUGCAAGUUGCAACUGUUGCAUAGAUUCUCCUCCUACUUCAAAUUGAAACUCAUCCCAACAUCUAUUCAUUUCAUCCACCACACCACAAAAUGGAUCAUUCAGAAAUCUUCAAUUUUGCUCGAAACUUCUCCGUUAUGGUCAAAAUUCGUGGUCCUGACCCAAAAGGAAUGAAGAUGAGAAAACACGCUUUUCAUCAUUACCGUUCUGGUGAAACAACUCUUUCAGCUUCUGGGUUGCUUGUACCUGAAGCUUUUUGUGAUGCUCAAGUAGCUAAGGGUCUAUAUGGUGAUAACUUUGAGGGUAGGGUAUUGGUUGUGACUGUUGCUUCGGUUGUUGAGCCUUUUUUAUCUCCUCAACAUAGACAGAAUAUUCCUCAGAGUAGGCCUGAUUUGAUUUCUGGUGUUCGGAUUGAUAUUAUGACUGAGAAAACCAACGAAGAAUCUGAUCAAGGAACUCCUUGUUGGCUUGAGGGGCAACUUUUGUCAUUAGUUGAUAUUCCUGCUUCAGCCCUUUGUGUCCAGUCACUCGUUGAAGCAUCUCUAGGCUUGUCAGAGCAUGAAUGGGAUGUUGGUUGGUCUUUGGCAUCUCACAAUAACGAUUCUCAAUCCUCUAAAGAUAACUUUCAAACUCAGCGGAGGUUGGCAUUGGGAGAAUCUGGCAGUGCAAGUCUUAUGUGCAAAUCACUGACUAGAAUGGCCAUUCUUAGUAUUUCUUCAUCUUUCAAGGACUCGCUGAACUAUGAUAAAUCUUCCACGAAUAAAAGGGGUGAUUUUCUUCUGGCAGUUGGAUCUCCUUUUGGAAUCCUCUCACCUACACAUUUCUUUAACAGUUUAUCAGUUGGAUGCAUUGCAAAUUGUUAUCCUCCUAAUUCAUCUGAUGGAUCAUUGCUGAUGAUGGCUGACAUACGCAGUCUUCCUGGAAUGGAAGGCAGUCCAGUUUUCAGUGAGCAUGCAUGUCUUACUGGUGUCCUGAUCAGACCACUGAGGCAGCAGACAAGUGGAGCGGAAAUUCAGCUGGUGAUUCCAUGGGAAGCCAUUGUGAAUGCUGCUAGUGGCUUGCUGCGGAAGUGGCCUCAGAAUACAGUAGAAGGGUCAUGUUAUCAGGAGGGAAACUCUUGUGGUCCAGGAAAGGGACCUUUUAUUGACUACAAUAAAUCAGAAGCUUAUGUACUCUCUAGUAAUAAUCACGAGCAUUUAAAUUUUGGUAACUCUUCACCGUUACCAAUUGAGAAGGCAAUGGCUUCUGUUUGUCUUGUUACUAUUGGUGAUGGAGUAUGGGCAUCUGGGAUUUUGUUAAACAGUCAAGGUCUCAUACUUACGAAUGCUCAUCUGUUAGAACCGUGGAGAUUUGGGAAAACUCAUAUAACUGGCAGAGGAUAUGGAAAUGGAACCAACCCAGAAAAAUUUCCUUCCAUGUUGGAGGGAACUACAUCUCUUGAUAAUAGAGGUGAAAGCAUUCAAACUAGGCAAACACUACCUUCAAAGAUGACAAAUCUUUACCCUUUUGUGGCUGGUGAGCAGGGGAGAUAUAAAUUGAACAAACCUUAUGACAGCCAUAGAAAUAUACGUAUACGCCUUGAUCAUAUCAAGCCUUGGGUUUGGUGCGAUGCUAAAGUAGUGUAUGUUUGUAAAGGACCGUGGGAUGUUGCAUUACUGCAGCUUGAACCAGUUCCAGAUAAUCUUUUGCCUAUUCUAACAAAUUUUUCCAGGCCAUCCACAGGAUCAAAGGCAUAUGUUAUUGGCCAUGGAUUAUUUGGCCCUAAGUGUGGAUUCCUCCCAUCUGUUUGCUCUGGUGUGGUAGCGAAGGUUGUUGAAGCAAAGACUCCUCAAUCUUAUCAGUCCAUUCAACCCGAGCACAUGCAUACCCAAGGCAAUUUCCCAGCAAUGCUUGAAACAACAGCUGCUGUUCAUCCUGGGGCUAGUGGUGGUGCUGUUAUCAAUUCAGAUGGUCACAUGAUUGGUCUGGUUACAAGCAAUGCAAGGCAUGGCGGUGGAUCGAUUAUACCUCAUCUUAAUUUUAGCAUUCCAUCUGCUGCUUUGGCACCUAUCUUCAACUUCGCAAAAGAUAUGCAGGAUUUAUCACUUUUGCAGAUUCUAGACGAACCAAACGAAUACAUUUCAUCUGUUUGGGCAUUGAUGCGGCCAUCAUCUCCCAAGCUCAAUCCAAUGCCUGAUCAACCGCCAUCUCCUUUAAACUAUAAAAGCAAAGAAGAGAAGGGUUCUCAGUUUGCUAAGUUUAUUAAGGAAAGAAAGGGUAUUUUCAAUGACCCUUCCCAUAUUGGAAAGAGUGGAGUGCUUUCUAAAGAUGUUAUUCCUAGUAAGUUAUGAUGUCUGAUGAAUAUCAUUGAAUUUACUUCUGUUGGAUGAGAAAGCAUGGCCAGAAUACAAUGACUUAUGCAUUUCCUUGUGAUCUAUAUUUCUUGGACUUGAAUAUUCUGUUCUGGAUUAUUAUUAAUAGUGAAAAGAAAAUCCAGGAAAUAAAUUUUUGUAAAUCUCUAAAUGAUUGUCUGUACCUUGCUAAAACUCAACCGAUUUUACACAAUUUUUGUAUAUCUGACUUGAUUGCAUUUUUAGAUUACAUUCAAAUAAAUAA